GACUCAAUGGCCUCCUUCUCUAGCCGCAGCGGUUACUCUUCUGGCUCAGCCAUCAGGAGCUCCAGGAUGAUGUCCUCCUCGUCUGACAUGUCUGGUGCCCAGGCCUCCGGGGCCGGUGGCGGCAGUGUGUAUGGCGGCGCAGGGGGCUUCGGUGUCCGCAUCAGUCAGGGCUCAGGGUUCAACCAGGCCGUCUCCAUGAACCAGUCCAUCAGCGAGAAGGCCACCAUGCAGAACCUGAACAACCGUCUGGCCAGCUACCUGGAGAAGGUGAGCAUCCUCGAGAAGGCCAACCGCGAGCUGGAGCUGAACAUCAUGAGGUUCAUGGAGACCAAGAUGUUGCCAGAGGCCCACGACUUGGUUGGCUUCCAGGCAACAAUCAAAGACAUUCAGUACCAGAUUAACUUGGCCGCCCGUGGAAACUCUAGUAUCUUCCUAUCUAUUGACAAUGCCAAACUUGCAGCAGAUGACUUCAAAAUGAAGUAUGAGAAUGAGCUGGCUAUGCAUCAGAUGGUGGAGGCAGACAUUACUAAUCUCAAAGGGGUUAUGGUUGAGCUGACCAGAGACAGGAGCAGCCUGCAGGAGGACAUUGAGGGGCUUACACUUGAGCUCUUCAAGAUGAAGCAGACACACGAGGAGGAGCUACUGGUUAUUCGAUCCCAGUUGGGAGGUCAGGUGAACGUGGAGGUGGAUGCUGCACCACAGGCGGACCUGUCCGUCGCCAUGGCCGAGAUUAGGAGUCACUACGAGGGAGUGACAGAGAAGAACCACAAGGCGCUGGAGGCCUGGUUCUUCACCAAGACCAACGAACUCAACAGCCAAGUUUCUGCCAGCACCUUGACGGUCGAGUCUUCCAAGAGCGAGCUCACCGAGAUCCGACGCUCCAUGCAGAGUCUGGAGAUUGAGCUCCAAUCCCAAAGCAGCAUGAUUGCGUCCCUGCGAAGCAACCUGGGAGAUACACAGGGCAGGUAUGGCAACAUGCUAGCAGGCUAUCAGAGACAGGUGACGGCUCUGGAGGAACAGCUGGGUGACCUGAGGGCCGGCCUGGCUAACCAGAGAGAACAGUACCAGAUGCUGCUGGACAUCAAGACCAGGCUGGAGCUGGAGAUCGCUGAGUACAGGAGGCUGAUGGACGGAGAGCUGUCUGAAUCUACUUCUACUACUACAACUAAAACUUACACUACUACUGUUGUCGUAAAAUAAAUCGUACACUUACUU